AUGCCACUUAAUUCUCCUCGGUCAUCAAUAAAAAAUAAAAAACUUCGACGUCGUCAAACCAUUGAUACUGUACAAAGUCGACACCAUCGAACAACUUUACAACAAAUUCAAGCAAUGCUUUGGCCUACACGACAAGCACAGACUACUACUACUACGAUUAGUAAUAAUAAUCAAAUCAAUAAACAUGAAGCAAUGCCAAUGAUUGCUGAAAAACCAACUAAUCAACUACAACGAUCAUUAAGUGUUCGUGAAAAUAAUCCAAAUACUAUCAAUGAGAAUUUCAAUGAACGACGAAAAUCACAUCGUAUUCAACGACAUUCGGAUACGAUGGCUAAUAUUUAA